ACAGCCAACCAGGAGUGCACACCGCGUUAACCAGAAGCAGCGUGUGCGGCUGCGCCUGCCCGCCCCUGAGCCGUUGGACCUGUGGUAAAAAUGCUUUCUGAAGGCAGUUCAUUUUUGAAGGGUGUGUUGCUUGGAAGUAUAUUCUGUGCCAUGAUUACUAUGCUACGACACAGUGGAACUGGUCCUGGAAAUAGAAUGCACCACCACCAGCAUCAUCACCUACGAGCUCUUAGUAAAGAAGGUAACUUAAGGAUUUUAAAGCAUGAAAGCAUGGAGCUCGGUAAGAGCUUACGGGUGUACUGUAUGAUCCACGUAACACUCAAAGAUGUGGCGCUCUGGGCUGCAGUGAAGGAAACCUGGACCAAGCACUGUGACAAAGCAGAGUUCUUCACUUCUGAAAAUGCUAAAGUGUUUGAGUCAGUUAACUUGGAAACAAAUGACAUGUGGUUAAUGAUGAGAAAAGCUUACAAAUACGUCUUUGAUAAAUAUAAAGACCAAUACAACUGGUUCUUCCUGGCUCGACCCACUACAUUUGCUAUCAUUGAAAACUUAAAGUAUUUUUUGUUUAAAAAGGAUCCAUUACAACCUUUCUACCUAGGCCACACUGUAAAAUCUGGUGACCUUGAGUAUGUGAGUGUGGAAGGAGGAAUUGUCUUAAGUCUAGAAUCAAUGAAAAGACUUAAACACCUUCUCAGUGUCCCAGAAAAGUGUCCUGAACAGGAAGGGUUAAUUUGGAAGCUAUCUGAAGAUAAGCAGUUGGCAGUAUGCCUGAAAUAUGCUGGAGUAUUUGCAGAAAAUGCAGAAGAUUCUCAAGGAAAAGAUGUAUUUAAUACUCAAACUGUUGGGCUUUUUAUUAAAGAGGGAUUGAUUAAUCACACCAAAGUGGUAGAAGGCUGUUGUUCAGAUAUGGCUGUUACUUUUAAUGGACUGAGUCCUAAUGAGAUGCAUGUGAUGAUGUAUGGGGUGUACCGUCUUAGGGCGUUUGGGCAUAUUUUCAAUGAUGCAUUGGUUUUUUUACCUCCAAAUGACUCUGACAAUGACUGAGAAAGUGGAAUGUGCAUGUAUAGGACAUGUGUUGUCAUUACUUUAAUAACUACAUACCCAAUACAACAUAUUUUUUUUUUCUUCUUUAGUUGUAUGAUCAAGUUUAGUAGUGUAUUUUUAAAUAGAGUGGAUUCUUCCCCUCAAAACACAGGAAAAUUUCAAACAUAUUGGAGAAAAUGUUUUAAAAGUAGUAAUUUUGCAAAUAAAGGACAUAUUUAUGAACAUUAAAAAUCUGUGU